UUUCUUUUACUAGUAAUGGCGGCUAUCAGCGACUUAUAGCGGGACUGCGGCGGACAUUCUGACAUUGGGGGAAUUGACUUGGUGUCACUGACAUCCCCAGUGACACCAAUACAGUGAUCAGUGCUAAUAAAAAGAACUGACACUGUACUAAUGGCACUGGGCAAGAAAGAGUUAACAUGUGGGGCAAUCAAAGAGUUAACUGUGUGCUGUCUUUUGUUUUACUAGGGGGCUGUGUCUGUGUGCUUCACUGUAAUCACACUGCUCUGGAUGGCUGUCCUGUGCACAGCCAUCCAAAACAGUGUGCCCGAGCUGACAGGGAGAACUGUUAGUAAACAAAACAGUCCUCCUCCCCAU